AUUCGGUUGGGCUCGGUUCGUAUUGUCAAUAAAAUGUAUAGGCCCUCUUUUGAUAACUUUACAAAUAUAAGGCCCAACGUUGUUGGGCUCGUGUUAUCUUAAUUACCUUUUGCGUCCUCCAAUUAAUAGAUAUUAGUAAUAAGUGCCCAUAAAUUCUGGGUGGCUUUGGAAAAACCCUAAACCCAGACAUCGUCUCUUUCGUUAGUGAAACAACAAUGUUUCGUCGUAGCUCUUGCAAGCUUUCACUUUGGGGAAAAAGAAGAUUCAGCAGCAAGUCGGAGGAGACGAUGAGCUAUUCAUUUACAGAGGCAUCUUGUAUGCAACAUUGGCGUAAAAACUGGGACCCCCAAAGAAAGAACCGAUUAACAUCGAGCACAUUCGCUCAAGCCAUCGGGUUCUGGCCAAACCGUAGAGUCCAGCUCUGGUUAGAGAAAAUCGGAGCGAUAGAGCCGUUUUCAGGCAACGCAGCCACGUGCUGGACCAAGAUCAAAGAGCUAGAAGCGCUCAACCGAUACCACGUUCUAACGGGACACGACUUUGUCUUUCCCGAGUUCGUUACUUUAACAGAAGACGAAAACUGGUUAGGAGCUUCUCCCGACGGAGACAUGUACGGUUUGGUCAGCGAGGGGUCGAAAGGUAUGCUGGAAGUUAAGUGUCCGUACGGAGAGGGUUACCCGUGGAAGAAAGUGCCGUGGCAUUACGUGCCGCAGGCUCAGGGUUUGAUGGAGAUUGUGGGGAGAGAUUGGUUGGAUUUGUAUUGUUGGACUGUUAACGGGAGUAGUUUGUUUAGGAUUGAGAGAGAUUGUGUGUUUUGGCGGGAGAUGAAACCGACGCUUGUUGAUUUUUGGGAGAGGCAUGUGGUUCCCGGGAGAGACAGGUUUUGUGAUAGCUCUCUUGUGAUAACAGAUCCUUUGGUGGAGCUGGUGGAGUUUGUGCCUGAGUCUAGACAUGAACGGUGUAAUCAGAUUUUGCGUGGGACUGAGAGGGUUAUGGAUAACUCUUGUAAGCGUUUGUUUUAUGAAAUUAAUGGCCAAAUCUUAGACUGACGCCAAACUCUCUCUGUUACUUCAACUGUAUUCAGUGUAUCUAACUUGUUCAUUCACUAAUCAAUUUAAUUUGUUUUAUAAACAAUAAAACGUAUAAAGACACUCAUGAUCUUUGAAAGGUACUAGUUGGUUUUUUGAAAGGUAUUAGUUGGUUUUCCUGCACAGAAAUAAAAUUUUCAAAAUAAUUAUAUAUAAAAAAUAUAAAUAUAAAUUUCAUUUUAUCGAUUUAAAAAUAAAAAGAAAAUCGUGAAUAAUUAUUUAUUAUUUUUUUCAUUUGACUUAACAAUAUUUUAAU